AAAGGCGCACUGACUCUUUUAUUUCGAAGACAAAAGCAGCGACUUGUCGCUCAAGCUAAUGCUAGCUCGACACAGCGAUCCGUGACUCCGGUUUCUCUGGGGGAGCGCAGAGACGACUCGAAGUUUUUUCCCCCUCAGGAGAACUACUUUAAACUGAAAGGAUGAGAACGGGAGAUGGUGACCGGCUUCCCCAUCCACUCGCAAGUCUUCGGGCGAAAGUCGUUGAAGGCCCAGAGGAGACACAAUGGAGGCCUAUGGAGGACACAGGCUGACAGACAGUUCAACGGGUCCUCGGCGCAGAUAAGUCACCCCCAUACAGACCAGACGAGGGUUCACUGCUAUUGACCCACGAGAACAGCGCGUCCACUGAGCCUCCCCACCUUGAAUGGCCUUGUUGAAAAGGAAAGCCAUAAAUUGGCGGAUGAGCAGAAGGGGGGAGACUCUGCCUCCCUCCUCCCCUCCUCCCGCCUCCCGCUUUCUCUCACUCUCUCACAUGCUAUCUCUUUCUUUCCUUUACCAAGUAGUGGUUUCCAUCUCACCAAACCCCUUUCCCCCUGAAUGUUUAAAAAGAUGAAAGGAUAAGGAAAAGAAUGGAGACAAAAGAGUGCAGGGUUGUGUUACAACCCUGCCCCUGAGAGACCGUUCAUGAAAGAGUUUGGGGAUGGGAGAGAUAGGGACCGGAGAGGAGACACAGAAAGAGAAGGGGGAUAAUGAAAAGAGGUUUUUCAAGCCGCUAAAACGGGUCACUUCUGUAUAGAGGGGCAGACUAAAGUGCAGUCUUCAGUCAGGGACGGAGACAUUUAACACUGUCAAUACCCUCUGAUGGAAAGGAGCGUUGAUAUACUUGCACCCAUUGACUGAUUGCGCAAACACACACACACUCGGCCUGUCUCAACUCUUUCUGUUUGUUCUUCUCCACUUCCAGGAGCAGCAGGAGCACCAGCAUUAGGUCCUCAAGAAUCAUCUGCCAGAUCCACUUUACCAUUAAAGCCCAAUGCAAACACAUGCGCCUAACACACAUACACUCCUUGGUGUCUGCCUUGCGGCAUUUCUCCCUCUUGGCAUUUACUGUCAGUCACUCAAAAUCCUUGAAACCCUCCCACCAUUCUCUCCAUUGCCUUCUUUGUCUGAACUUGCCCUGCGUGCACUUAGAUAUUUUCACCUCAGGCUGCAUCAGUGAGAGUACGAGUGAGAGAAAGAAAGAGAGCAAGAGAAAGUUGUUAGCUAAGUGUGGACAGGAGUGAUGGCCAAACAAAGAUGACGACUUAAGGGGCAGGGACGCGUUGACUCAGGCUCUUGCCCUCUUGCUCUGUCUCUUAUACACACACGCACUUCCGACUUGUAAAAGCAACUGCAACCAUUUCACACCGAAGAGAUUUAGAAGUUUAUUUUUAGACAUUCAUUCACAAAACAAGUUUUGCUUCAUACUGUCACACUAAUGCAUCAUGUUAAAGGGUUUCCUAAAUCCUUAAGCCAUCAAAACCCGCAAGUCACAAUGUAUGCCGGGCAAACAACGCAACACUGAGGCGGUUUCCUCCUUUGGAGGAGACUUUCCAUAAACAACAUUUCAUGAUCCAGACAAGAUUUUCGGACGAUUAGUAAAGUCCCAUGAAAAAAACAAACAUAUAAUUUUUAUGGUACAGUGAUGACUUGUACACAAGGAACUUGCUACACAAUUAGCAACAUCUCAUGCUGUUUCUCACAACUGUGAUUUUAAUAGAAUAAUUUGGUUACAGCCCACACAUGAUCCAUCAUUUUCAAAUAGUUCUCAUUUUUCUAUGAGAACAAAGAAACAGAAGUAUUUUGUAGUUUCCAAAUGUCAGUUUUACUACCUUUGGUUGCUCUGAUGAACUCUUUCCCACACGCAAAGGAAUCAGUCAUCAAAUUAUUGCUUUUGCAAUGGACAUCCUCCUUCAGCUGAAACUGGGAUCUGAGUGUAAUUGGAAGGUAGCUAUUAUGGCAAUUAUUGCAAAUAGCUGAGCCGAGCUGUCAGGGUGAGGCUGACAGUCCGUGUGUCCACAACAGAGCCACCAUGUCAGACCUCAAUUACAGAUCCUCGACCUCCCCAAGGUACCUGAUGUCAGAUCUUCAUCAUCUCCUCUUCCAUCUUUACUCACUUUGAAUCGGUGUCUUUCUUCUUCUCCACUUGUUUCUCAGUCCUUUUCAUUGUUCCUUCCAUCAUUCGCCUCACCCACUGGACUCCACUUCCUCCUCCUGAAAGCCUCUCUCUGGUGAAAGCUACGAUACCACGGCCACCGUUACCACACACACACCCACACACAAACACAGACACACACACGCUGAGGUAAAGCUGCAUAUGUUUCCAAUUUCAGGCGUAAUGCUACUUUCUCCGCAAUCUGACCCAAUUAGCCAGAGCCUCCUGGAAAUGCCCCAGUCGCCAGCCAUGGUGGCAAAGAGGUAAAGGGUCAAAGAUGACGCAAGAACUGCGACUUUGCUUCACGUCCCCUCUUCAUCUCCACAUCCCUCCACUCUCCGUGCCUCUCCCCAUGCCUCGCUCUUGUCGGAUGGAAGACAGCGACAUACAGCAGGCAGGAUGACAAAUCAGCCGACAACCAACCAGUCCAACACAAACAAGGAGAAGGGGAAAGAAGAAAACACACGAGAUGACAACACAGAGCUUGCAUACAAAGAUGCUGGCCACUGCAGCCGCAACACCCACAACUUGCUUCUGGGACUCACUGUUAUGGGUGUUGUUAUGGGAACAUUGUUUGGGAUGCUGCUACGGUACAUGAAGGUGACAGACAGCUCCGCCCUCACUAUGGUGUCCUUUCCAGGAGACAUCCUCAUGAGGAUGCUGAAGAUGCUCAUCCUGCCUCUAAUCAUCUCCAGCCUUAUCACAGGGCUAGCUGGUCUAGACGCCCGCUCCAGUGGCAGGAUGGGUACCAGAGCCAUGGUGUACUACAUGUCCACCACUGUUAUUGCUGCCAUCCUCGGGGUCAUCCUGGUGUUAUCAAUCCACCCGGGCAACCCCAAACUGAGGGGAGGCAAUGCUGGCUCAGUGGCCAAGAACCAGGAGGUCAGCAGUUUGGACGCCUUCCUCGACUUGAUUAGAAAUCUCUUCCCGGAGAACCUGGUGCAGGCCUGUUUCCAACAGGUUCAGACAGUGCUGAAAAAAGUACCAGUUGCAGCGCCAAACCAAACCGAGCCCCUGUUAGUGAACAGAAAAAAACUGGAAUACAAAUGGGGCAUGAAUGUCUUAGGCUUGAUCGGUUUCUUCAUCACCUUCGGGAUCUGCAUGGGAAGGAUGGGCGAGAGGGGCAAGAUCAUGUGUGACUUCUUCAACGUCCUCAAUGAAAUUAUCAUGACAAUGGUUUCCAUGAUCAUGUGGUACUCUCCUGUUGGCAUUGCUUCUCUGAUUGCGGGGAAGAUUGCAGCUAUCGGAGACCUGGAGGUGGUAGCACGGCAGCUGGGCAUGUACAUGGUGACCGUCAUGGUGGGUCUGGCCAUCCACGGUGGCUUAAUCCUACCUGCUAUAUUCUUUGCUAUCACCAGAAAAAGCCCCCUUGCUUUCUACUCUGGAAUCUUCCAGGCGUGGAUCACAGCUUUAGGCACUGCUAGCAGUGCAGGGACGUUGCCAGUCACCUUCCGCUGUCUGGAGGAAAAUCUGAAGAUUGAUAAACGUGUGACUCGCUUCGUGCUGCCAAUAGGAGCCACCAUUAACAUGGACGGCACGGCGCUGUACGAAGCUGUGGCAGCCAUCUUUAUCGCCCAGAUGAAUGACAUAACCCUGGAUGGUGGACAGAUUAUCACUGUCAGCAUGACUGCCACCCUGGCCAGUGUUGGAGCUGCUAGUAUUCCCAGUGCUGGACUGGUGACCAUGCUGCUGAUCCUGACUGCCGUCGGCCUGCCCACCCAGGACAUCAGCCUGCUGAUUGCUGUCGACUGGCUGCUGGACAGAAUGCGCACCUCCAUCAACGUGGUGGGCGACUCAUUUGGUGCUGGGAUCGUGGAUCACCUGUCUAAGGUGGAGCUCAAUGCACUCGACGCGGCCGAAAUGCAAAUCAUUCCUCCAGACGACGAGCUCGAUUUCAUCCCCCCGCCGCCCAUCCUCACAGAGAUGGAUCUGGUCGACCCUCUCAAACCCCCUGAGCUGCCCCCUCGCUCACCUCGCCCACCCAAACAAAACCACCACGGGCCCGUUUUCUCCCAGACCCAGUCUGCCGCUUACUCACCGUCCCGCUCUGUCCGAUCUCCGUCACCCCGCUCCAUACGCUCUCCCUCUCCGCGCUCCGUCUGCUCCCAUUCCCCUCGGCCUUACCGUGCUCAUUCACCACGCCUCCUCCGCAGGAUGGAGCAGGGCUACUGCGCCCUGCCCAGCCAUGACAACCAGAUUCCCACACUGCCUCGGGCCUACAGAGAAAGAGACAGGGAGCGCGAGCGACUGAGGCGGGAGAGCGAAACUGAGGAGGAAGAUGAGAGAGAGCGGGUUUUGGGUGACGUGAGCGACGGCGAGGAGAGCGACGACACUGCCUAUGACCGGAGGCACGCCCUACCGCCAGGAGAGCUGCCGUGAUUUGAUUUGUUCAAUGCUUCACGGCAGAAUUUCUCCUCCUCACUGAAGAUUCCAGCGGAGGGUCCACAUCAGAUUUCAGGCUGGCUAGAUUUCUAGUUUUUGACUAAUGAGUGAGCUUAAAGAGUUUUAAUAUGCAUAGAUCUUUAAAUUACAUCCUGUAACGUUCCUGAGAAAGGCCCCUUAAAACAGCCGUUUCAGUGCUGAAGCUAGCUGGAACAGCUGCUUUUCUUAACUGCUACCUUGAUUAAUAGUUCCCAUAUUUGAACCAAACCAAACCUAAGAUUCUCCUAAAGUCCUGAUCUUCCUUGAAUUUGACUGUUACCAGAGAACUGUGAGUCUGCUCUCAAUCACAAAAGUAUGUUGGUGUUCAUACCAGCCUUUUAACGCACAACCAUAUGUUACAGUUUUCCUUUGCUCAACUCCUUCUCUUCCCAUUUUACUUUCUUGGGAGGAUGUUUUUUUUUUUGUUUUUAAAAUUACAGGAAUAGUACAACAUUUUGAAAAAGUACCUACCUCCUUGAAGAGACGACUAAAUAGUUUACUCUGACGUCUUGGCAGUAGACAUUAACUUGAGCCAGCAGUAAAGCAACACAAAGAGUGGAAACUAGAGAACACAACUGGCCUGGCUCUUUCCAAAGCCGAGGAAGCACCCUACAACGCACAAAUUAUUGUUUAAUAUAUGUAAAAGUGAGAUACAUACUUUAACAGGAGGAUCGUUGUUUGAAUAUUUAUUAUUCAUUAGUUUCGAGGCCAAUAUUGGUCCCAGCUAAGAAACGGUCCUGGGCGAAGGCCAUAAUGUCAACAAAGCGAAACACUUUUCUACACUGACGUUUGUGUACGGGUCAAUAACACACCUCCAGACAGAGCCAAGUAAGCUGUUUGCCCCUUUGUCAGGUGUUUAUGUGAAGCUAAGCUCCUUCUUUUUUUCAGAAUGAUGAACUAUUGCUUUAAAUGACCUCAAGACUACCAACAAUAAAUGUAAGUGCAUGAACCAGCAGACAUUAUUUUUAUACGGUUCUCUACCAUUCCUGGUGCUCUUCUCUCCUCAUUUUCCCUAACAGCCUUCACUGUUGAUGUUAAUAUUGUCAAUAUAACGUUUGGUUUGUAUUCACUUGUUGUGCUCUGGUGUAAAAUGUUGGAUGAGUUCAAGGCAAGAUGCUGUUUUAAUUUUGUUGUAUGUUUAAAUUUACUAGUUAAUUUUCUCUCAUUUUAACGUCUUAAUUGCUGUAAAAUAACGUAUUCAGUCUCCCCCGUCCUCUGCUGAAUGGCCUUUCAUUCCAAAUUUAAAUUCAUCAACUGCCUCCCUACAUCCUCAAGUCUUAAUUCAGACUCACAGGUCCAGGUUGUGUCUAUAUUUUAUGUAAUAAACUCUUAGAGAUUUAUUUAAAGUAA